UGAAGUAUCACUGUAUCAUUCCCAGUGUUGUCAUUGUAGACACUUGUUUUACUCAUAGGAAUCAGUAAAAUUAAAACAAUGGGUUUAGCUACAGUUAUUGAAAGUGAAGCCCACUUUCAGACGGAAAUGGCAAAUGCUGGUACAAAGCUUGUUGUAGUGGAUUUCACAGCGACUUGGUGUCCGCCGUGCCAGCGAAUCGCUCCGUUCUUCGAGCAGCUGCCGGCGAAGUUCCCUCGGGCCGUGUUCCUGAAAGUGGACGUCGGCAGGUGCGCGGAGACCGCCAGCGCUCAGGGCAUCAGUGCGAUGCCAACAUUCAUAUUCUACAGGAACCGGACACGGAUUGACCAGCUACAGGGUGCUGACCCGGGUACACUAGAGACUAAAGUUAGACAAUACUAUGGUACUGAUGAGGCAGGAGAUGAUGACAACACUGUUGCAGGACAUAUGGACUUAGCCACGUUCAUCACUAAGAGUGAGUGUGAAUGCCUGAAUGAGGCUGACAACCAUCCACUGGCGCACUGCCUGACUAGCGCUGGAGGCUACCUCGCCAGCGACUGUGAUGAACAACUCAUCAUCAAUAUUACUUUCAAUCAGUUGGUGAAACUACAUUCCUUAAAAAUCAAAGCUCCUAGUGACAAGGGACCAAAGUCGGUGAAAGUGUUUAUCAACCAGCCGAGAACACUAGACUUUGAUCAGGCAGCCGGCAACAUGUCUGUGCAAGAUCUUGAUUUUACAACAAGUGAUCUUGAAGGCAACCCAGUGCCUCUGAAGUUCGUCAAGUUCCAAAGUGUCCAGAACAUUCAGUUGUUCAUAAAAGACAAUCAAUCUGGAGGUGAUGUUACGCAGAUUGAUCACCUUGCCUUCUACGGGUCACCAAUCUCCACAACCAACAUGGGAGAAUUCAAGCGCAUUGCAGGAAAGAAGGGAGAGAGCCAUUAGAAGUGUUUGUCUAAUGAAUGCCAUAGAAAAUGGUUCAGUCUUGUCAUGUGUUCACUAAUUGACUCAAGUGUCUUGUAGGAAUUAACUUGUUUCGUUCAUAUUAUAUCUGGCAGCUGUGUAAACUGCCAUUACAGUAGUUCUCUUCUAAAAUGUCUAAAGAACAAUAACAGAUCUGAACUAUUUUCUUUGAGAAAAGAUGCAUUUCUCAAACUGUGUCAAAUAAUUAAACAUGAAUUUUCUAAUAUAUAUUUUUGCGCAUAUUUAUAAAAUAUGGUAACACUGAUAAUUAAUUAUUAUUGUAUUUAAGUGUAAAGGUCAUUCCAGGGCCACAGUUUGUUAAAUGGGGAGUCUGUAAUAUCAGGAAUUUGUAUAUUCAAUAAAUAAACGUACACAAGUAUA